GAUUUCCUACCGAGUUGCUCGGUUGUUUCGGUUCUUGUUUUCGGAAGAAAAGAAUCGGUAUCAUUUUUCCACAGCUGGUCGCCGCGGCGAUAGAGCUGCAGGAUGUGUUUCUCAAUCAAGUCUCAUGGUUUUGUUGCCACAUACGAGCCGAGGAGUAUCUGCACACCUGAAUGUGUGACAGAUGGCGGAGACGGUGAAAUAUGUGGACGACGAACACAAGAGCAUCUUCCUGAGGCUCCUGAACGAGCAGCGGCUGGAGGGCGAGCACUGCGACAUCGCCGUGGUGGUCGAGGACGUCAAGUUCCGUGCUCACCGCUGCGUGCUCGCCGCCUGCUCCAACUAUUUUAAGAAACUCUUCAAAAAACACGAGGUGGACAACUCCUCUGUGAUUGAGAUCGACUUCAUCCGCUCAGAUAUCUUCGAGGAGGUGCUGAACUACAUGUACACCGCCAAGAUCUCCGUGAAGAAGAGAGACGUCAACCUCAUGAUGUCAUCGGGACAGAUCCUCGGGAUUCGCUUCCUCGACAAACUCUGCUCCCAGAAACGGGACGUGUCUUCGGAGGACAAAGAGAAGUUUCCUUAUGACAUCGUAAAGAUGGCGCUGCCGCCCGAGGCUCAGCUGGCCGGUGACGCAGAGGUGCUCGGAGAGCACGAUGACACGCCCACCACAGACGACCUUGUCGAGGCGUCUGCCAAUCAGGAGCUGGACAAGUCUCCCAGUGCAGCGCUGCGUGUUCAGGAAGCCAUCCUGAAAGAACUGACCAAUGAGGACGUACACAAGGUGACCUGCUACGACCAGGAUGUGGUGACGGAGAUGGAGGCGGAGCCUAAAGAGCUGGGGGCGGAGCACCACGCUACCCAGACUUUAACAUUUGCUGACAGUAUGGGGGAGGUGAAGGACGAGCAGCCACCCGGCUGGUCAACGGCCACCACCGACAUGAAGUUUGAAUACCUGCUGUACGGACACCGCGAGCAGCUCGCCUGCCAGGUGUGCGGGAAGACCUUCCUGGACGAGAGCAGACUCAGGAAACACGAGAAGCUUCACUCAGCAGAGCGUCCGUUUGCCUGCGAGAUCUGCACCAAAGCUUUCACCACCCACGCUCACCUGAAAGAACACCUGAAGAUCCACACGGGCUUCAAACCGUACAGGUGUGAUGUUUGUGGGAAAUCAUUCAUUCGAGCUCCAGACCUGAAAAAACACGAACGAGUUCACAGCAACGAGAGGCCGUUCGCCUGCCAGAUGUGUGACAAGGCGUUCAAACACAAGUCUCACCUGAAGGAUCAUGAGAGGAGACACAGAGGAGAGAAACCAUUCGUCUGUCCAUCCUGCACCAAGGCUUUCGCCAAGGCAUCAGAUCUGAAGCGUCAUGAGAACAACAUGCACAGUGAGAGAAAACAGCUGAACCCGCUGCAGAGCGACACCGAGACACUGCAGGCCGCCGCCAUGGCCGCCGAGGAGCAACAUCUGGACUCCAUCAGCUGCUCCUAACAUCUGGACUCCAUCAGCUGCUCCUAACAUCAGCUGCUCCUAACAUCAGCUGUUCCUAACAUCUGGACUCUAUCAGCUGCUCCUAACAUCUGGACUCCAUCAGCUGCUCCUAACAUCUGGACUCCAUCAGCUGAUCCUA